AUGGCGGGCGUGAGGCUACAACAGUGGGCUGGGCAGCGGCUCAGGGCCCUGCUGGGGGCCUUGCUCGUGGGAUCGAUGCUGCUGGGGCCGGUCCCUGGACAGGCGACCCGUGUUGUCGUGAGUGAGCGAAUGGAGCUCGUGUUCUGGACCAACUCCACCGUGCAGGUGGUAGUCUAUCCAACGAUGGCCAACGGAUCAAUGCCACCGCGUCCGUCUCUAGUGGUCAACGCCACGCCAGCCGCCAGCACGACCACCGACGUCAUUCGCAACGACACGGCACUGCUGGUGGUGCAAACACCCCGGGUCGAGGUCACCGCGGACAAGAGCCGUGCCAUCGUCAACGUCACCGAUCGCGCCACACGGGAGGUCCUUGCGCAGCACACGUUGUCCUUUACGCCCGUGAGCCAUGUAGCGGCGGACGUCGGAUUGUAUGCAGUGCACACAGAGGUGGCCACGGUGGCCUCGGAGCGCCUGUAUGGUCUGGGCUCACUCCAAAACGGACUGGUCGAGUACAAUCAGGUACCAGUGGAGCUGGUGCAGUUCAAUACCGAGGCCAUUGUUCCAGUUUUGCUGUCUUCGCGCGGCUUUGGGCUCUACUUUGAUCACUACAGCUGGUCUUAUUGGAACCGUCCGGCCGCACACGAUCAGGUCGACCUCCAACCCGUAUCUGGAGGGGGACAAGAAGGAACCGUGGUCCCUUCCAGCGAUACCCUCGUCCUGCACUAUCGCGUGGCUGACGACUUUGGUCUGAGCUUUGAUGGCCAGGUUCUCGUGAACAACCAGAUUUGCGAUGACUACGCUGGCGUCCACAAUCACCCCAACAGUGCCAGCUGCCGUGUUCGCGGACUGCAGCCUGGGACACCCGUAAAGGUCACUGUGACGGCAACCACCCCCGUCACGCUUUACGCUCCCACGGCUCGCCCCAUCAACUCUAUGGACAGCGCCGCCGAGCGGGCAUUCAGUUUGUUUGUCAUGGUACCCGAACAACCCACCGUGAGCGCCAAAGCCCUCGGGUCCUCCCUGUUCGAUGGCCUGGUGGCCCAGUAUCGGACGUUGACUGGACGAGCGCCCUUGCUCGGGCGCUGGGCCUACGGGUUUUGGCAAUGCCAGGAACACUAUCAUACCAAGGCGGAGUUGCUUGCUGAUGCUUAUGGAUAUCGCCAGCGUCAGAUUCCCAUUGACAACAUCGUCCAGGACUGGCACUAUUGGAACACCGAAGGAUGGGGACCACAAUGGGACCCCCUGGCGUACCCAGAUCCCGCUGAUAUGGUGCGGCAACUCGAGGCCCUGGGUUUGCAGCUCAUGGUCUCAGUCUGGUCCAAGUUUGACGUGGGGACCAGCUUUUAUCAAGAGUUGGCCCAUGCUCAAGCACUCCUACCGGGGAACAGCACCUACAUGGACCCCUGGAGUCGCUCAGCACGAGACCUCUUCUACCAGUUUACCAACGAAUCCAUGUAUGGGAUUGGCGUGGCGGCCAUCUGGGCAGAUGCGACAGAACCUGAGGGGCUGCCCAAUCUCAAUAAUACGGUCGCAUUGGGCGCGGGUAAUGAGUUUUUGAAUACCUUUAGCCUCGAGGUCAUGCACAGCCUCUUCACGGGAUGGGAGCGGGAUUAUGAGGGCCGCUUUUUCUCCCUGACCCGGUCUGCGUUUGCCGGGCAGCAACGGUACAGCGGCGUGGUGUGGUCCGGGGACACCACCUCAACUUGGACUCAGUUGUAUCGUCAGAUGACGGCUUCAAUGAGCUUUGCGCUCGCGGGCAUGCCAUACUGGUCACAGGAUCUCGGUGGCUUUUUCCGUCCAGCAGAUCAGUACAACAGCUCCGACUACCAGGAUCUUCUCAUCCGGUGGUUUCAGCUCGGCCUCUUUACCCCAAUUUACCGCGUGCAUGGCAGUGGCAGCACGGCUGAGCACUACACCAUGCAGCGCCCGUUGGCAUUUGACUUCAUUCACGAUGCGCAGGCCUUGGAGAUUACGGACCAGUACAUGUUUGGACCUGCCUUGAUGGUUGCACCCGUGUACCAUGCUCAUGCCGAGGAGCGCAGCGUGUACCUACCCAAGACAGCCGAGGGCAAUGCCACUUGGUUUGACUUUUUCACGGGACAGGUGCUGAGUGGCGGUCAAAGUGUGACUUCGCAGGUGGCGGCAGACACACUGCCAGUCUUCGUCCCAGCCGGCCGCUUGCUUGUUUUGGGCAACCCAGUCACGUCUUCGCGUGAGGCACAGGUGGAACUAGAGCUCCGCAUCUACCCGGGUGGGGAUGACUGCUUUACGCUCUACGAGGACGAUGGGGUCUCUAGGGGCUAUGAAAGAGGUGUCUACAGUACCUUUGAGCUUUGCUGGCGCGAGGAGGCACAACUCGUAUCCUUUGGUGCUCGGGUGGGCCAGUUUCAAGGAUUUGCGCCGAGCAUUCGUUUGAACGCGGUGCGAGUGCGCCCGGGCCAAGGAGUGGGCUUUAAUGGAACGACGGCCUUUGAUGCCAGCACCACCUACACGGGCGACGCUGGGGAGCUUGUAUUGCCGCCCGCCAUAGUAACAGCGUGA